CACUGUCUUCACGAGCCCUGUGUCCGCCGCACGCGCGUCACUAGGGACCAUGUAGCUUCUCACUCUCUCUCUCUCUCUCUCUCUCUCUCUCUCACACACACACACACACACACGCACACAGAUGCUGGUGAAUACAGAAUGGGAGCAUUACCAUGCUGAGGACGGACAGUUCGCACACAGAGGCGGCUUCCUCAUCUAACCCGCAUCAUGCCUUACAUUAGCAACCUGCUAUUUCUUCUCUUCUGCCUGAUUGUUGUUGUCGAUUGUGGGAAGCAGAAGAGCAGGAAACGCAGGUGGUCUGCAAACCUGGAAACUCAUAAACACGGACCCACUCUGUCCAAAAAGGUGGUCGAUGGAACCAAAACAAGAAAAGUGAAAACGAACCAUUUGCUGCGGGUGGAAGAUCACGAUUUCACCAUGAGACCAGCAUUUGCAGGUCCAGCAGUUCCUGUGGGCGUGGAUGUGCAGGUGGAGAGCUUGGACAGCAUCUCGGAGGUGGACAUGGACUUCACUAUGACCCUAUACCUGAGGCAUUACUGGAAGGAUGAGCGCCUGUCCUUCCCCAGCACCACCAAUAAGAGCAUGACUUUUGAUGGUCGUCUGGUGAAAAAGAUCUGGGUUCCGGAUGUUUUUUUCGUCCACUCCAAACGCUCCUUCAUCCAUGACACCACCACGGACAACAUCAUGCUCAGGGUCUAUCCUGAUGGACAUGUUUUGUACAGCCUCAGAGUGACAGUAACUGCAGCAUGUAACAUGGACUUCAGUCGCUUCCCUCUUGACACACAAACCUGCACACUGGAGUUGGAAAGUUAUGCCUACACAGAUGAGGAUCUCAUGCUCUACUGGAAAAGUGGAGAUGAAUCUCUCAGUAUAGAUGACAAGAUUUCACUCUCUCAGUUCCUGAUUCAGAAAUUCCACACCACCUCCAGACUGGCCUUCUAUAGUAGUACAGGUUGGUACAACCGUCUAUACAUCAACUUUACCCUGAGACGUCACAUUUUCUUCUUCCUGCUACAGACCUACUUUCCUGCUACUCUGAUGGUCAUGCUGUCCUGGGUGUCCUUCUGGAUUGACCGCCGUGCUGUCCCUGCCAGAGUAUCCUUAGGCAUCACCACGGUGCUCACCAUGUCCACCAUCAUCACAGGCGUAAAUGCGUCCAUGCCUCGAGUGUCCUACAUUAAAGCCGUAGACAUUUACCUGUGGGUCAGCUUCGUCUUUGUCUUCCUCUCCGUCCUCGAAUAUGCAGCUGUUAACUACCUGACUACCGUAAAAGACGGAAAAGAACGCAAAUUCAGGGAAAAGGCCAGACAUCAGUCUUUGCCUUGUUCGUGUGGCCUGCUUCAUGGCAAAAGCAUGAUGGUGGACGGGACAUACAGCGAGGCAGACAGCAACAGCCUGGCCGGUUACAGCCGGGCACCCAACGGUCCCGAGGAGCCGAUUGAUAGACAUGAGCGCAUGGUGGUGCACCUCGCUGUCGACAAUGAGUCUACAGGCACCAAGAAGAAAGGCCUCCGUGGCUUGCGCAUCAUCCACAGCACUCAUGCCAUUGAUACAUACUCACGCAUGAUCUUUCCUGGAGCCUACAUCUUUUUCAACCUCAUCUACUGGUCUGUCUACUGGUGAAUCCUCACAGCGAGGGAAUACACGGUUUUGAACAUCAAACCAUUACAUCUAAAUGGAGUUGAAAGACAAUUAGUCGGCCUUUAGAUGUAAAUGAAUGAAACCAUUAACAAGACUCAGUUUCCCAACAUUUGCCAGAAACCACAUCAAAUUUGCAAAGACUUGUCCGACUCAGUCUAAAAUCACAAAUAAAUGGAUGUACUUUGUAUAAUGGAGGAGCAAUCUAAUAUAUAGAGGAACCUUUAUAAACUCUUGACAUGGCAAUAGGAUAUUUCACUGCUCAGAUGGCACACACUGCACCAGAAAGUCUGAUUGACUUUCUAAAAGCUCAGAUUUCUCCACUCCAUUUUUGAUAAACUGCUGAGGGAGAUCAAAUCGACUUUAUUCACCUUCUUCAACCUCCUCUCUCAUUUAAAUCAUAGAUUUAAUUUAAAUCAUAGAUGCCACUCACAUGGCUGAGUUGUUGAUGUUCAGACUAAAUUGUGAACUUGUGAUUUCUACAUAUUGUACAGUGGUUUCCCAACAACUAGCCAACAGCCCAUAAUUUAAAUGGGAAACACUAUUUACCUCCAUUCCACUAUACCAGCAUCUAAUGUAUGAAGUGAGGCAGGUUCGUAGACCUUCAUGAGGCAGGAUGUUACUGAUACAGCUACAGUUUCAUCAGCUAUCCAAUGUCAAAGACAGUAUAAUUAUAUAAGGAAUAAAACAUGAAGGGGGUAUGCUGUUAUAGAAAAAUAGCCAACAAUGGGGUGAUGUGAUGCUGGAGUUGUUGGUUUUCCUAAAAUAGCACAUCCUGUAAGAUUUUAUUCCUCUUACGCUACAGCAAUUAGCCAGCAAUUACAGUUUACAUAAUGGAUGACACAUUUAGAAAAAACCAUGUAACUCAAACUGAACUGUGUAUUGAAAGUAAUUAUGAAAAUGAAACUUCAUGCACCCACUGGAAGGAGACAUGUGGUGUUCUGCUGGAGGUGCUGUCUAUUAUUAUCAGAAGGCUAGAGCUGAAGUGACAGCUUCGAGGAAAUACAGCAAGUGAGAAACGUCAGUUCUUGCAGAACAACAAUUCUUGCAUUUGGAGCACUUGGAGAACGCAGAACUCCAUCAAGGACAACAGUCGACUCUUCUAUGAUAUGCAAAACUGCAACCACAACCAGUUUGUAUGUCUGGAUUAGUCAUACUUACUGACAAUUAAGGUGUAUUUUGAAACCACUGUCCCCGAGUACUCCAUGACAACUGCUUUCUGUAUUAUGUUUAAACAACUAGCCAACAUGUGUAUCCCAGAGGAUUACUGGUACCUGUGAAUGUGAAUUGUGAUAUGGAGUCACCAUAUUUUUACAUUGGCUAUACUUUGUCACUUUUGAAAUUUAAUGCCAUCUACUGGAUUUUAAGAUGUAUGGCAUUGUUGAGCGACAACUUCUGCCACAUAGACUUAUAAAUAUAGACGCCGCCUUCUGCGUAGAAUCAUACGUCAUCCUCGCCGCCAUAUUGGAUGUGGCAAAGUGGAGAUUCUUCAACCGUCUCUGGUAUAGCGUCUAGACAGUAGCCGAGAAUAAAGAUGCCUCAUUCAUGUGCUGCGUUUAACUGUACCAACAGGUUUACCGUCCAAACGAGGUCACAUGGGAUUACCUUUCACAGGUGAGACUGGAAAAAUACUUUUCAUUGUAUUUGGUCAUUAUAACGUAAUUUUACGAACAGAUUUUUCUGACUUUGUGGCUAAUAUGAAGUCUUGCGCAUAAUAGCCGCUCGGUGAAACCUGUCUCCAAACAACGAAGUAUUUCCUUCGUAACUACGCUGAUUGUUGUUAGUUGCUUAGCUAACUUUUCACAUACUAUGUAGGUUUCCCAAAAAUAAAGACAUGAAAAAGCAGUGGGAGACAGCUGUGCGAUGGGAAGGGUUUUCUGCUACUCCGUCAUCCAUGCUCUGCAGUGAACUCUUCAGAACGGAGGAUUUUGACAAAACAGGUCAGACAGUCAGGAUCAGAGAGGGAGCCGUUCCUUCAGUCUUCAGUUUCCCAGCUCAUCUCCACCGGGUAGGUGUAGAGUUAUAAGCAGUGAGAAUUAGAUAAUACAGUGCCACACUAUGAUGAACGUUUUUGGACGUAUGAUGAAUGUUUUUAACCUUUCUGAAUGUGAAGGAAUCAGUGAUGUAUUUUGUUUUGGUAUGGCGUUAGAACCUGGCCGAACUCAGUUUGGCGGUCAUUCAGCUCACUUUAUUCAACGAGAGUAGGUCUGUGUGGUGACUCAAUAAAUAAAACAGUAAAUUUUAAUUUUCAUUCACUAUUUCCAGUUUUUCCACUAUUUCCAUCAUUUAUCAUAUUCAGUCUUGUAGGUUGGUUAUUUUGGCCUCAGGUUUUGGUAGCUUGCUACUGUAUGCUGACUAAUUAGCUUACCUGAGCUAUCUAUCGCUAGUUUGCAGUGUACAGGGUAUUUUGCACAUUAUUUAUAACCAUCACAUUAAAAGUUAUAUAUGUUGUUUUGAUGCCUGUUUGUUUCUCAAAUAUAUACGUGUGUGUCUUAAUGGGAGAAUAAAAGGCAUCGAGUUAAA